AAACACCAACCUAGCUUCACCAUUUUUGCUCCUUAAAAAAAAAAAAAAACAUAAUCAUCAACACAAACAAACGUUGUUGCCAAUGGGCGUGGACAUGUCCAACAACACCAAAGACUUGUUUUCCUCUCCUGCUCUCUCACUUAGCCUUGCUGGGAUAUUUCGCCAUGGUAGCAUGGAGGUUGAUGAUGGGGAUGAGGGUAGUAGAGGAGGUGAACGGCGAGAGGAAACCACCGUUGAGAUUAGCAGCGAGAACUCAGGAGCAGUACUGAGAUCAAGUGCAGAUGAUUAUUUUGAAGGAGAGGAUGAUGAUGAUGGUGGUGGUAAUGAUGAUGAUGAUGAUGAUGGGGAUGGAGAUAAGAACAAGAAGAAGAAGAAGAAGAAGAAGAAAAGGAAGAAGUAUCACAGGCACACUGCUGAACAGAUUAGAGAAAUGGAAGCUCUUUUCAAAGAAUCACCACAUCCUGAUGAAAAGCAGAGGCAACAACUUAGCAAGCAAUUAGGCCUUGCUCCUAGGCAAGUCAAGUUUUGGUUCCAAAAUCGUCGAACCCAAAUCAAGGCAAUACAAGAGCGCCAUGAAAAUUCAUUGUUGAAGACAGAGCUAGAGAAACUAAGGGAUGAAAAUAGGGCCAUGCGAGAAACCUCAAACAAAUCUUGUUGCCCCAACUGUGGCAUUGCCACAACUAACGUAGAUGGUUCCUUUUCCACUGGAGAAAAUCAACUUCGUAUUGAAAAUGCCAAACUCAAAGCUGAGGUAGAGAAGCUUCGAGCAACUUUAGGAAAAUACCCACCAGGGACAACGUCUCCUUCAUGUUCUGCUGGCCAUGAUGAUGAAGAGAAUAGAAGCUCUUUGGAUUCUUACAAUGGAAUUUUUGGGCUUGACAAGUCAAGGAUAAUGGAGAUAGUAAACCAAGCAACGGAGGAGCUCGUGAAGAUGGCAAAUAUUGGAGAACCGUUAUGGGUUCGUAGUGUUGAGACAGGUCGAGAAAUACUUAACUAUGAUGAAUAUGUUGAAGAGUUCUCAGUUAAAUAUUCAUGCAGUGGAAGCCCAAAGAGAUUCAUCGAAGCCUCAAGAGAGACUGCGUUUGUUUUUAUGGAUCUCCCACGGCUUGUCCAAAGUUUUCUAGAUGUGAAUCAAUGGAAGGAAAUGUUUCCGUGCUUAAUAUCAAAAGCAGCAAAUGUUAAUGUUAUAUGCAAUGGAGAAGGUUCUAACAGGAAUGGUGCGGUGCAAUUGAUGUUUGCUGAGUUGCAAAUGCUCACUCCAAUGGUGCCCACCAGAGAAGUGUAUUUUGUCAGGUGCUGCAAACAGCUAAGUGAGGAACAGUGGGCAAUCAUUGAUGUAUCCAUAGACAAAGUAGAGGACAACAUUGACACAUCCCUUGUGAAAUGCAGAAAACGCCCAUCAGGUUGCAUUAUUGAGGAUAAGUCAAAUGGCCAUUGCAAGGUAAUCUGGGUGGAGCACUUGGAAUGCCAGAAGAGCACAGUUCAUACAAUGUAUCGAGCCAUUGUAAACAGUGGUUUAGCCUUUGGGGCAAGGCACUGGAUUACAACACUGCAACUUCAAUGUGAACGUUUAGUUUUCUACAUGGCAACAAAUGUUCCCAUGAAGGAUUCAACUGGUGUUGCCACAUUGGCUGGGAGGAAAAGCAUUUUGAAGUUGGCACAAAGAAUGACAUGGAAUUUCUGCCAUGCAGUUGGAGCAUCAAGCUUCCAUACAUGGAACAAAGUCACAGGUAAAACAGGAGAAGACAUAAGGAUUAGUUCUAGGAAGAACUUGAAUGAUCCUGGUGAACCUAUUGGGGUUAUCUUGUCAGCUGUUUCUUCUGUAUGGCUUCCUGUCUCUCCUAAUAUUCUCUUUGAUUUCUUGAGGGAUGAAGCUCGUCGUAGUGAGUGGGAUAUCAUGUUCAGUGGUGGGUCAGUGCAUUCCAUUGCAAAUUUAGCUAAAGGACAAGACCGAGGCAAUGUUGUAAACAUCCAAAAAAUAGAAUCAAAAGAAAACAACAGUACGUGGAUACUCCAAGAUAGCUGCACAAAUGAUUAUGAGUCAAUGGUAGUAUAUGCUCCUGUGGACAUAACUGGUAUGCAAUCUGUGAUGACAGGAUGUGAUUCUAGUAAUAUUGCCAUAAUGCCAUCAGGGUUCUCAAUUCUUCCUGAUGGGAUGGAAGCAAGGCCAUUGGUGAUUACUUCAAGGCAAGAAGAAAAAUACACAGAAGAAGGGUCUUUAUUUACAAUGGCAUUUCAGAUCCUUGCCAAUGCUUCUCCAACAGCAAAGUUAUCAACUGAGCCUGUGGAAUCGGUCAAAAGUCUUGUAUCUUGUACAUUAAGAAAUAUCAGAACAAGUUUACAAUGCGAAGAUAGUUAG